CGGCAUGGCACAUUUCCUGUACAUCAUAUGAUUGUGACGCAAAAAUCGCUAACUCAACGAAAUCCAAGAUGUACAUAGUACACGUGCUUAGGUGAGCAGCGUGUGAGGACUUCAUGAAUUGAACGUGUUUCAAAGAAUCGUUUAAGCCUGUGAAGUACGAAGCCGACAUUUCCGCUUAUAUCUCUCCUUGGGCAUGGUCCUUUGAUGAGAUGGGUCAUGCGCUACUAUUACAGAUUGCUUUAUUUGCUUGUGUCCCUCCUUUCCAAUUUGCAAGGCUUCUUCGAAGAGGCUCGAAUGGAAACGCAAUUGAAGAAGUAUUCCACCCGAAAUGUUUAGUGGAACCGACAGUGGAACUCUGUGAUACUAUUCUCAUGAGCUGGAGCUACAACAAGGAAAGUAAGAAAUGCGAAAAUGGAUUUGUCUGCUCCAAUUGCAAAAACAGAUUUGAUAGCGAAGACGAGUGCACAAGUAAUUGUCCAAUGAAACGAGUGAAAAGGCCAAAGUGGAAGAAUAGGAACUGCAGGUUCUGGCUCAUAAAUGGUGGAGCCUGUCAGAAAACCUGGCUGAAAUUUGUGAAGCGCUUGAUUCAUAAAAUGCGCCGAUUGCUUUAUUACACAGGGUGUGAGUUAGAUGCGAAAAAGUUAUUCGUGUACGACUUUCACACAAGGAGAUGUCGCGUUGCGAAAAAGCACCAAUCUGAACCGAGCAACGACACAUGGCCGAAAAAGGAGAAGCCCCGAGGGGAGUCUUCAAAAGCAAGACAAAGACUUCGAGAGAUAUUAGCAAACAACACACUGCCUCCUGGAUACUCGUGGCCUACGGCAGACUUCGUUAUGCAUGGGAACGAAUUUGGUGGAGCUCAAUGAUGUACCCCCAUUUUUUGAGAGCCUGGGCAUGCCGUUAUGUCUCCUGGUCCUUAUUUUUCAAAAGUUUUCAAUACAAGGACAUAGAGUGCUGUUGCCUAGUCAAUAAGCUGU